AUGGUUGGCUUAGGAUGCGUAGUGAGAGUGGGAGUGCGAGUUCCCCCCACUUUGCACCAUCAUCCGAUCUUUGCUUCUUUCUCUAUUAAAUCUGAGGAAUCACUAACACUAACACUAAAACCAUCCUCCUCAUUCUUCCCUGCUUCUUCUUCUUCAAUCACAAACAACAAUCAUCGAAUUGGGCCCAGGUCCAGGCCCAAGCCCAGGCGUCCCUUUUCUGUACCUGAACCUGACAAUAUCCAAAAUACAGAAGACGUUGAGGAUCAAUUAGCUUCUUCUUCAGAAGCAGAGCUAGAAUGGAAGCUCCUCACAAGAAGGAUUCAAAAUUCUGGAAUAAUAUCUUCAUGCUUGGUUGGUCUCCUCACCGGCGUCGCUGUCGUAAUCUUCAAUAAUGUUGUGCAUGAAAUUCGUGAUUUGUUCUGGGAUGGAAUUCCCUCACGAGGCGCGUCGUGGUUGAGAGAAGCACCUAUUCAAGGAACAUGGACAAGAGUAAUACUAGUUCCUGCAUUUGGAGGUGUUAUCGUAGCUCUACUGAAUCUCCUACGUGAGCGUUUAGAUUCUGAUGUGGACCGAGAUCCAUUCAAUGCUUCACGCCCUUUCUUGAAGGCUAUGUCAGCUUCUGUUACUUUAGGAACCGGUAAUUCCUUGGGUCCUGAAGGUCCUAGCGUCGAGAUCGGAACUUCCGUUGCCAAAGGUGUUGGUUCUUUCUUUGACAAGAGUUCCACCAGAAUGCUCUCUCUUCUCGCCGCUGGAUCCGCUGCUGGCCUCGCUGCUGGUUUCAAUGCUGCUGUUGCUGGUUGUUUUUUCGCUGUAGAGUCUGUUUUGUGGCCAUCACCUGCUGCAGAUGCAUCUUUACCACUUACAAAUAAUACUUCCAUGGUUAUACUUAGUGCUGUCAUAGCUUCUGUUGUUUCCGAGAUUGGCCUCGGCUCUGAACCAGCUUUUAAAGUUCCUGAGUAUGACUUCCGUUCCCCCAGUGAGCUUCCGCUGUAUCUAUUGCUGGGUAUUUUAUGUGGCCUGAUGUCAUUGACCCUAUCUUGGUGUACAUCAUACAUGUUGACUAUUGUUGAUAAUCUUCAAAAGGUCACUGGCAUGCCAAGAGCUUUGUUCCCUGUAUUGGGAGGCUUAUCGGUCGGGUUAAUAGCACUAGUGUAUCCUGAAAUCCUCUACUGGGGUUUUGAGAAUGUUGACAUUUUGUUGGAAUCUCGGCCAUUUUUUAAAGGUCUUUCCACUGACCUAUUGCUUCAGCUAAUAGCUGUCAAGAUAGUUGCAACUUCUCUGUGUCGGGCUUCUGGAUUAGUGGGAGGGUAUUAUGCACCAUCUCUCUUUAUUGGUGGUGCAACUGGGAUGGCUUAUGGAAAAUUAAUUGGUUUGGCUGUUGCCCAGUCCAAUCCUAUGAUUAAUCUCUCUCUGUUGGAAGUGGCAUCACCUCAAGCUUAUGGCCUGGUUGGAAUGGCUGCGACUCUUGCAGGAGUUUGUCAAGUACCACUUACUGCAGUUUUGCUUCUGUUUGAAUUGACACAGGACUAUCGGAUUGUUCUACCACUACUUGGAGCAGUAGGCUUUUCUUCCUGGAUUUCAUCUGUCCAGACAAAGAGAGGAGAGGAGAGGGGGACAAAACAGCUCAAGCUAGAAAACUUAAAUUCUGCUUUACUUCCUGAAAGUUCUUCCUGUAGUUCAAUUGAGUCAUCUGCUGGUAAUACCUUUCCUGAAGGUGUGUCGCAUUUGAGUAAUUUGUGUGAAGUGGAAAGUUCGCUUUGUGUAGAGGAUGAUAAUGUUGAAACGGCAUUUGUAAGGAGAACAUUUGUUUCGGAAGCCAUGAAGACAAGAUAUGUCACGGUGUCAAUGUGCACACUACUUACUGAUGUAAUAGAUCUCAUGCUUGCCGAGAAACAGUCUUGUGCAGUAAUUGUUGAUAAUGAUGAUACUUUGAUUGGUUUUUUUACUCUUAGAGACAUUCAAGAGUAUGGAAAAUUUGCAAAAGCAAGAAGCAGAAAACCCAAGGAGCUUUUAGUUUCUGAAUUAUGCCUUUUAAAUGGUGGAAUUUGUACUGUACCAUGGACAGCUACUCCUGAUAUGGAACUUCGUUAUGCUCAAAUGAUUAUGAAGAAACAUGGAGUCAAUCAAGUUCCAGUUGUGAGGAAUAUCUAUGAAAGAGCAUAUCCAGUUGGCAUAUUAGACCCCGAUAGUAUCAGUCUAACAUGCAGUGCUUUGGCGACCAGACAGUCCCUCUGUUAAUAUUCCACGCUAGCACUUAAUCACAGUUAGGAGGAUAAAAAGUAUGCUCUCACAUCUAUUAUGUACCUCUUUUGGAAAAAUUUCUAUUAUGUGCCUUCAACACGUCAAGUUAUAUCAUGCCACUUUGGUUCUCUGGUUAUACGUGAAAAAUGUUCAAAAUAGAGUUCAAGUGUUUAGUUAUUUGCUUUGACAUGAUGUAGAUCCCCAAGGGAGACCCAUCGGUAUUGUCCUGUAUUUUAUUUAUUUUUUAUUUUUUUGGUAUCCAAAAUGGCAUAUUAUCCUGUAUUUUAAUUCAGGUAAUAGGGUAGUAUAUAGUACUAUCAUUAUAAAUUUGUAACUUUUAAUAUAAUCCUU